ACACGAAACGUCGGUUCUCAGAUGUUCCACCGUCAUGAAGGCAGCGCUAGUGGCACGUGUCCCUCCUCGGCCUCUGUAGUUCACUCUGGGGUUUUUUAUGUCGAUUUGAGUUUUUCAUAAUUUCGAAAUGGGAAAGCUCGUGUGCGUCUCACUUGUAGUAGCGGCCGUAGCGGCGCUGUUGGGCGAGAGGAUCCUCAACCUGAGGAAAAAGACCCUCGCCUCCAGAGAGCCGCUGCAGAACCACCUGCCCAACUGUGUGGCGUUAAAACACCUGGAUUCUGGCUCGGAGGACAUCACGAUCCUGGGAGACGGACUCGCCUUUAUCAGCACUGGUCUGAGGUUACCUCAUUUUCCAGUCUCAGGGGCGACAGGAAAGAUCUUCUCCCUUAACCUACAAGACUCUUGGAUGAAACCAGUUGAGCUGCGCAUGCCCAGAAACUUCGACCUGGAUUCAUUUAACCCUCAUGGCAUCAGUGCAUACAUCGAUCCAACAGAUGAUACAAUUUACCUGUUUGUUGUCAAUCAUCCACAACAACAAAGCCAAGUCGAGGUCUUCAAAUAUGUUGAGGACAACAACUUCCUUGUGCACGUGGAAACUAUAAAGCAUGAACUUCUCCACAGUGUGAACGAUAUUGUUGCAGUGGGCGUGGAUAGCUUCUAUGCAACAAAUGACCACUAUUUCUCCCAUGAGAUCUUGAAAAGUUUGGUGGAGCCUUUGCUGGGACUGUCUUGGUCUAAUGUUGUGUACUACAGUCCCACAGAUGUGAAAGUCGUCUCUGAAGGUUACUCCAUGGCAAACGGAAUCAACAUCUCACCAGACAAUAGACAUAUAUAUGUGGCAGAUCUGUUAGAGCACAAUGUGCACGUGUUGGAGCGAAAAAAAGACAAUUCCCUGGUCACUGUGAAGUCUGUGGCUCUGGGUUCUCUCUGUGACAACAUUGAAGUUGACCCAGAAACAGGCGACCUGUGGUUAGGCUGUCACCCUAAUGGAUGGAAAUUUUUCUUGUCUGACCCCAACAACCCACCUGGAUCAGAGGUCAUCCGCAUCCAGAAGAUUGACUCUGACCAGCCAGUGGUGACUCAGGUGUAUGAAGACGAUGGUCAUGUGCUCAUGGGUUCGUCUGUAGCAGCGACAUAUGGGGGAAAGUUGCUCAUUGGCACUGUGUUCCACAAAGCCUUGAUCUGUGAUCUGGAGUAGGGUGACUCACCUCUUGGCAAGUCUCACAAUCAGAGCGGACAAUGGUGAUUGAAUGAUAAUUAACAUACAUCACACCGCUCCUAUGUGGGAAAUGCAGGUUUUUCUUAUUCUCCUGGGAAGAAGAUGGAUGCAAUUCGUUUUCCUGACUUUUUCAUGGUUGCUGGUACAUCAGCAUUUUGGAAAAUGGUUGCAUACACUGAACUGAUCUCCUAUUGUGAAAUAAGUGGGUAUAUUUCAAAUAAAAUAUGUAAAAAGUU